AUGGCAUUAGAAUGGGUAAUUCUAGGUUACGCUGCAGCAGCAGAAGCAGUUAUGGUAAUACUUUUGACUCUUCCGGGUACAUACCCGUUACGUAAAGGUUUAAUAUCCGUAACCCGAAAUCUCCUCAAACCGUUUCUUUCUGUAGUUCCGUUUUGUUUGUUCUUGUUGUUGGAUAUUUAUUGGAAGUACGAGACUCGGCCGAGGUGUAAAUCGGUCGAGUCUUGUACUCCCACGGAACUGAUGCGGCAUCAGAAAUCGAUUGUGAAGAGUCAGCGUAACGCGCUGUUGAUCGCGUCGGCGUUGAUGUUUUAUUGGUUGCUUUAUUCUGUGACUAGGUUGGUUACUCGAGUUGAACUAUUGAAUCAACGGGUUGAAAAGUUGAAGAAUCAGGAAUAA